UUCCUUCCUUGCUCUGCGAAGAAGAUAAGCACAGGUCCGUGCUCUCCCCAGUCGUCGCGCCUCGCUUCGCUGGCUCCGGUCGCCUCACACGACUCCGCCCGCGCUUUCCCGGCCUCCUCCUCCUCGCACCAAUCCGGCGACCCGCCGCCAGAUCGGCCGCCUCCUGCACCACGCAGCGCCCCUCGCAAUGCCGGGCCUCGCCGCCGCCGAGCUGGACGCCGUCUCGCUGGUGCGCCGCGUCGCCCGCGCCCUCAACCGCCGGAUCUCCGACCUCGUCGCCCUGCUCUUCCGCCACAAGAGCGCGGGGUCCUUCGGCGCCGUCGCGGGCUUCGCCAUCGCCGUCGUGUUCGCGUGGAAGUUCCUGCGCUCCUCCUCGCCCGCGCGGCCCCGCCGGCCCGCCGCCCCCAAGCGGCCCCUGCCCGGUUCCGCCGCGCCUGCCACCGACGCGACCGAGCCCGUCGGUGACUCUGGGAAGCUCUCAACGCGGCAGAUCGUGGCGAGGCGGCUUAGCGGGUGCAGAAGGGUCACUUGCCAACUAAUUGGUGUUGUUUUUGAGGAGAAAUCUCCUGAGGAGCUUCAGAAACAUGCCACUGUUAGGCCCUCAGUGGUGGAACUACUACUGGAGAUAUCCAAAUACUUUGGAGUAAUAGGUCCAGACGUUAUAGCUUCAGCAGUAACCUGGAGCGACAAAGUGGCAGCUAGCCAGCUACUGAGCUACAUGUUCUGA